AUGGACACCUCCGAUUCCCCUCGUACGGUAGCAAGCGAGAACACGCCUCUGUUUCCUGCAGAGGCCUCGCAAAAGCCUAAAACACCACUUCCAAAACGCCAGAUAAGCAUACUUAUGAUGCUGCAACUUGCGGAACCCAUCGCUUCGACGUCUAUAUUCCCCUACAUCAAUCAGCUUAUCAGCGAACUUGGAAUUACUGGGGGUGACGAUGCGGCUGUAGGAUAUUAUGCUGGAAUCAUUGUAGGUGGCGACAUGACGACUUGCGAGAAUGGUUUCCUCAUAGUCUACUUUGGAUAUACUCAACAGGAAUCUCUGUUUUUCGUUGCGCAGGCAUUGACAGUGCUGAGGUGGAGUAGACUAUCUGACCGCAUUGGGCGCAAGCCCGUGUUGGUAAUUGGACUCUCAGGUGCUUGCAUUUCGAUAUUGUGUUUCGGUCUCUCAACGACCUUCUGGAGUCUUGUCAUUAGCCGUUGCACGUGCGGUUUUCUUAAUGGCAAUGUGGGAGUUAUGAAGACUAUGAUGGGUGAAUUGACGGACUCCACAAAUAUGGCUCAGGCAUUUGCCUUGUUCCCGAUUGUCUGGAGCCUUGGAGGCUUUGUCGGUCCUUUAAUAGGCGGAGCACUCGCGCGGCCGCAAGAUCAUUGGCCUGCACUAUUCGCCAAUCCAUUUUGGGGAAAAUACCCAUACUUUCUGCCGUGCGCAGUGGCAGCCUGUUUGUUUAUCCUAGCCUUUUUCAUGAUGUUAAUCUUUUUAGAAGAAACAUUAUCAACAAAGUGUCGACCAAAGUUGACAUCAGCCACGCUCGGCGUUUCAGGUGGUGAAUCACUGCAUCAACAAUCCAUGGCAUAUGCCCCCUUGCGAUCUCUCCUCACACCUACUGUUGUUGUUCCAAUUGCAAACUACGCCAUGCUCGCUUUUCUUGACGUUUCUUUCAGGGCUCUCUUACCAUUGUUCCUUUCGACACCUACAUAUCUUGGCGGCCUUGAAUUUACUCCUUCGUCUAUUGGCUCGUGGCUGGCGUUUUUUGGAGUCAUGGAUGGGGUCUUUCAGGCGUUGUUCUUCGCCAAAAUUGUCGAUCGAUUUGGUCCAAAGCGUCUAUUCUUUCUGAUGGUUGCAUGGGAUAUGGCCUUUGGGACUGUCUUCAUGUUUAUCACAGCCUCUGCCCCUACCAAUACUGUACUUGGCGCUAUUAAUGGUCUUGGCCAAACCUCUGCGUCAAUGGCUCGUGCACUCGGGCCCGCAUUGGCGACUUCGCUCUUUGCUGUAUCGAAGGAACGCAAUAUUCUUGCGGGAAAUGCAGCAUAUGUUGUUCUAAUUAUGCUGGCUGGCGUGUUGAGAUGGUUGGGGUCGCAGUUACCGGAUGAAGUACAAGAUAGGAAUGAGUGA